AUGCUGUUAUCUCAGCUCGUGGUGCUUGGUGCCGCUGUAUCUAACUAUGGCGCCUCUGCGAGCGCUGUGCGCAUGCCUAUAUUUCACCGUACUGGCUGGGGCAAUGGAACUGGCUAUGCUAAUGCGACUGGCUAUGCUAAUGCGACUGGCUAUGCUAAUGCGACUGGCUAUGCUAAUGCGACUGGCUAUGCUAAUGCGACUGGCUAUGCUAAUGCGACUGGCUAUGCUCAUGCGACUGGAUACUCCAACGCGACGUAUCCGGCCAUCUCAGCUACCGGCGGCUUCAGUUGGCCCUCCCCAACACCCGCCACUCCCGCAGAGCCAUAUCUCAAUCAGACCAUGCCGGUCGACUUCAAUGGCACAGCCGCUUCUUGCGAUGCAGGAUGCCGCGAUGAGUUCAAGAACCGCACGCUCCUUGCCAACGCAGCAUCAGCCGCCACCCUGGUCCUCGAUCGCUUGGACCUCUGGAAGGAGUGCUGGGAGGAGCCCCGGUGCCAGAAUGCUGUCGCGAUGAUGGUCGGCUCUACUGCUACAGCGCUCUUCGACACGGAUGAGGAGGUCUGCACUGGCAGUUGGGACGAUCGGUGCUUUGCUGACUGGAUGAUUACCGUGGGUAAUAAGGCUGCUCUCCAGUCCAUGGCAGGCACGUAUUCCGUUCUGAAGACACUCGUGGCGAACGCGACGGCUGGCGAUAUUCUGUCUCCUAGCGAGCAGAAGCUUCUCUGGGAUAUGGGGCAGUUAUCGGCCUUUAUCAACUCGGGACCCAUGGUCGACCCGAACACAUUCACAGCGCAGAUGCAGAAUACCACUGUCAACAGUACCGCUAUUCCUGACUGGCUUGCCGCCACACCCGCACAGACGACCCAGUCUACCGAAACCUUCCCAAGCAGCACCCAAGCCCAUCCACGCACCACCCGAACCCCUGCGUACGAUGACAGCGACAAGGACGACGAUGCCAAGAAGUACGCCCCCCUGGCCCUCCUCGCUGUCGCCGUCCCAGCCCUCGGAGCCGGAAUGUGGUACUUCGGCGCCAAUCACGGCUUCACCAAGCUCGGCAACCUCAUCAGACCCUUCCGUUCAUCCGGCGGUUCCUUCGUCCAGCGACUUACAACAGCCUACAACACCCAAAUGGCAGGCAAAGGCGGCUUCCGCAGUGCGUACAAGAAUGCAGAGUACAGUUACGAACUCGGCAAGCCCCCGCCAAAUGACUUCACCAGACGAACCCAGCCGUACCGCCUCAGCAGGGCUCCGAAAAUGCCGACGACGGGGAGUGAGUGGAAGGCAAAGCCGAAUACGCCGGAGGUUACGGAGGUCUGGCCAUGGGAGGAGCCGAGUGUACCGAUCAAUUCGCCCUGUGAGAGUCCUGUUGGGCUGAGGAGGCGGGCUGCUGGGGGUUGUCUCCAGGAGCCUUGGACGGGGGCUGAUUCUGCUAUCGCGACUGGGUAUGAUGCUGUUAUGGGGGCUAUGCCUGUUGCGCAGCAGGUCAUUGGUACUGCUGCUGGACUAGGAUCGGUCAUGCUCGGUGGUGUUGACCCUUUCGGUGGAUUCUUGUCGUUGAUCGGGCAUGGUGGUGGUGAUGGUAGCGAUGAUGGUGGGAACGACGACAAGCCUACGCAUCACCCGAAGCCUACUCACAAGCCUACUGAUCAACCAAAAUCCAAGCAUGAUGAAGCAACGUCCACGACCUCGGACAAGCAGCAUGAGUCGAGCUCAACGUCACCCGAAAGCAAAGCGACAUCCACAAGCCUAUCGCCAACAUCGCAGACCACCUCAACAUCUUCGCUUUCUUCCUCACUCGCUUCGACGACCUCAAGCAGCCUUCUCUCAUCGUCGGCCUCGACCUCAUCCUCAACCAGCCUCAGCAAUUCGACCAGCACCGCGCCAUCAAUCUGGAACCCAUUCGCCGCCCCCUCUCCAACCGCCACCUCCUCUACACCCUCUUCGCUCUGGAGUCCCUCCAUCAUAACCCUAGUCUCCGCACCAUCCACCACUCCAACCAAUCUCAUAACCAUCCUCACCUCCACCCCCGCCGCCACCCCAACCAACGUUCUAACCAUCGGGGGUGGCCCCGCCGCUACAGAAACUCUCGUCGCCCAGCUCGGAGAACCCGCAUGGGCUAUUGUCCCCGUCAGCCUCAUCCCGGUCGGCAGCGUUGUGCCGAAUGGCGAGGUCGCUGUGGGGACUUAUGAUUCGAGUGUUAUGGUGGCGGCGAGUAGCGCGUUUCCGAAGGGGUUGGAUAUGAAUGCGGUUACGAGUGUGCUUGGACCGCUGCCUACGGGUAGGGCUUAG